UUGGUAAUUUGUUGUAUGAUUGCAUCUCAUUUUUGGCACCGCACAUGGACUUCCGGUUGGAAAAAAUGAAAUGAAUUUCAGCAAGAUUUGUGUAAUCCUAGGCCUUCUGGCGAUGGCUCAUGCGGCUUAUUCUGCUGCGCAACAUCGCACAUAUUUACGACUUACAGAACAAGAAUUUACUAGUUUACCUUUAGAUAUAAUUUUACAGUGUUUUGUUGGUUUAAUUUUGACCUGUUAUGGUGUUGUUCAUAUAUCUGGAAUAUUUAAAGAAAUUAGAGCAAAUGCUGACCUUGAUAAUAAAUCUUGGGACAUGUUAAGUAGUAGACAGUCCAUGUAUUCAUUUAACCACCGAGGUGUAGCUUUGUACAGAGACAGAGGAUAAAUCCAGCAUAAUAUACAUCUACAAAAAUCAUUCCUUUUCCAUUGGACAAUUUUGAUUGAAAGGAGUUAGCUAUAGACUUCCAUCGAAAAACAAAUAACUUCAAAAUGUUGUUAGUUCCCUAUGAUAAGUGCAAAUGUACUAUUAGGAAAACUAAACUACUCAUUCAUAGACUUGUUUAUAGUCAGAAUUAAUAUAUACUUUUGUAAACAGACUUGAACUUUUAUUUUCAUUCAGAAUCACUAUUACUUUAUUUGAUUGUAUAUCUUUUAUGUUAAGAUCAUUUUUAUUGGUCAAAGAUUAUUAUAAUGAUUUGAGCAAUACCUGUUGUACAUGUGUUGUAAACAUUAUUUUCAUUAAUGUAACUCUCUGUCAUGCCUGUGGAUAGUUAAAUUAUACUUUUUACAUGUUUAUCUUUACUGUUUUUCAUGUUGUCCAUGUGAAGUACAAGCAUCAUUAAACAUUUUGUCAUUUUGGUACAAUUUUAUGUAGCAAUGGGGACAUAAAGUGUAAAUCUGAUCUGUACAUACGUUUUUACCAAAAUUGAUUUCCUUCCAAACUUAAAAUUGUCUUAAUCAAAUGUUAUGAAAGUUGCACACCAGGCUGGUUACCAAGAAAACAAAAAUCAAGUUUCAAUUUGUGAGAUGUCACUUUUUCUUUUUGGAGUUAUGUCCCUUUAUUACAUGUAUAUGGAAGCUUGAGCAUCAUCUUUGUACCAGGUCAUUCUCCUUUUCUUAAAAAUUCUUUCAAACUCUUUGUUUUGAAAUAGCUAUUUAUUGUUAAUAGAGUUUAAUAUUUUUCUGCUCUUCCAAGCAGUAGAUGAAAUUGGUUGUCCAACAUUUCAUUUUUUUCAAUUUGUAUUCUUUUCAAUAUUUGAACUUUACAGGACACAUGAAAUCAAAAGUUGCAAGCAUAUGGAUUUAAAGUGAUUGAAUCAUUGUCUUGAAAGUGAAUAAUGUUUCAGUGAAAUAUUUUAGUCAUUGCAGUUAAUGUCCCUUUAAAAUAAGAAAAUAAAGAAU